GCGUCUCCUGCCGAAUGGAGCUUCUGAAGGCUAAUCCUUUCCCCCCCAAUGUUGAACGGUACCGAUCUGGCACAACUUGGGAUGAUUAUUUGGACACCAUCAAGGAGUCCGACCUCAGCGGCAAGAAGGUUGCCAUCUUCGGCUGCGGCGAUUCCCAGAGCUACGCAGACAACUUCUGCGACGGCAUUGAGGAACUUCAUGACGCCUUCAAGGCCGCUGGUGCCACGAUGAUCG